GCUCUGAUGCCAGUCGGCAUGACAACGCGCUCUCCAGGGCAAACCGGGAACAGCUGAUGGAGGAAGAGGAUGGCAGCUCAAGAUGGCCAGUAACGGAACCAACGCUGAAAACGGAGCGGACGUUCGCCCCGGGAUCAGGAGCGCCACCGGUUCGGUGCAGGUCCCGGCCAUGGAGAGAGCCCGGCCUAUCACGGUGAAGGUGUCCGCAGUGAGCCUGGCGCUCAGCUCGCUGUCCUUGCUGCUGCUGGUCACCGCCAUCUCCACGGAUCACUGGUACCAGACUGACACGCGCAGGCACAAGCAGAACUGCGACGGUUCCGACUCCAACGACCAGAAGAACCGGGAGAUGCCCAUCUACCACCUGCCGCUGGUGGACAGCGGCGGCGCCGCGGCCCGGCAGAGGGACGUGGCGCUCAUGAAGCCAGUGCAUGUGGGCAGCAGGGAGGAGGAGCUGCUGGAGAACUGGAGGGCCAUCCUGGGGAUGGGGAUCCUGGAGACGGAGUGCGGCAGGCCGCUGUUUUCUACUCACUCCGGCCUGUGGAGGAAGUGCUACUUCAAGGGAAUGGACCCGGACAUCGACAAGCUGAUCGAUCGGGGUAUCGCAGAUCGCUGCACAGCUGUGAAGUAUCACUUCUCUCAGCCGAUCCGAUUGAGAAACAUCCCACUGAAUCUGACCAGAACCAUCCAACAGGACGAGUGGCACCUGCUACAUCUGCGGCGCAUCACAGCGGGCUUCCUGGGCAUGGCGGCGGCCGUCCUGCUGUGCGGCAGCAUCGUGGUGUCUGUGGGAUUUUUCUGGGAGGAGAGCCUGACACAGCAUGUCUCCGGCCUGCUCUUCCUAAUGGCAGGAAUCUUCUGCACCAUCUCCUUGUGCACGUAUGCAGCCAGCGUGACCUAUGACCUUUCCAGAAACCCGCCUUUCAUCUACGGUCUUCCGGCUGACGUGGAUCAUGGCUACGGUUGGUCCAUCUGCUGCGCCUGGGCCAGUCUGGGUCUGACUGUGGCCUCUGGCUGCCUUGGAACCUCCUUCCCUUUCCUGAGUCGGGCCGGAGCGCUCAGAUCCAAAACGGCCCGGGAAUCCUCAGUGUGAGCUGCCAGCUGUCGGUCAGGAGAUUCUGGACAGUUUAGGCUCAGCUGCAGACCUACAGUUGUGUGUCGGACAUUCGAUCUGAGGUGGAUGGGGUCACCUGUUUCUAGAGCCUUUGUGCAGCUUGGCGCCCCCUGGUGGAUGUAAAGAAAUAACUGUAUGGCAGUUUGUUUUGGCUCUGAACCAAAAAGAUUUACAGGAUUUCUGUUACGACAUCCCAGCUGUGCAUGGCCGCAGGUGACGUUAUAAGCGUUUGAAGAACUUGAUGAAAUUGCUUCAUCAGUAUCUAAAAGUUUGGACUCCGUAACAUCUCAGUUCUCAGAAAAGGUCAAGAGGUUGUAAACAAAUUCAGGGUAAUCAUCUCUACCCAGAUCCAUAACCUCUCCCCUAUCUCAGUGGUUCCCAAAGUGUGGGGGCACGCCCCCUGGGGGGUCUCAGUGUAAUUUCAGUGACCAGUUACCUGCAUUAAUAGAAUUUAUCUGAUUAGAUGACCAAUUUUAAGAUGUUGUUAAAAAAAACAAAAAACACUAAUGCCAUGUUGAAUUAUUUUAUAAAGUAAAAUAAACAAAUCAAACAAAAUCAUUACACUUUGAAACUGAUAAGAUUAUAGUUUGAUUUACUGUAAUAUGUUUUACAGCAGUUGACUUUUAUUUGUCAUACUGUCAAAAUAUGUAUGAGGUGGGGCGUGAAAACUUUAUUUUAAAUUAAAGAGGAGCCCACCAGAAACAGUUUGGGAACCACUGAUCUAUCUCAUGAUGACCAAUCUAGGCUGUUAACCCAUCUGAAAACAUUAACCAAUCAAAGUUGUUAACACAUCCUAGAAUGUUAACCUCUCUAAGUCGUUAAACAUCCUAGACAUUGACCAAUCUAGGUUGUUUUACCCAUCCUAGAAUGUCAACCAAUCCAAGUCAUUCAUCCUAGAAAUGUAGGCAAUCUAGGUCAUUUACCCAUCGUAGAAGGUUAACCAACCUAGGUCAUUAAUGCAUCCUAGGUCGUAAACAUCACAGUGUUUUAAAGAAGUUUCUCAUGCUUCUUUUAACUUAACAGUUUGCACCAAGCAGUUAAGAAACUUAAUGGUCUGAAGUUGCUGUGCUUCUGAUGGAGUUCAAACUUUUAUCUGCAAACUGAAAUCUUCCUUUUUCUCACUCGGCUUGAUGAACAUCCAGUUUUCAGAAGGCGAGAUCAGGCGACCUCAGCUUUAUUAUCUGAUUGUUU